AUGGUUGGUAAUCGACUUUGGAUUGCGUGGGAUGAUAACUUUAUUGAUGUUGAUAUUGUUGAAUGUGGUACGCAAUUCAUCCAUUGCCUUGUUUAUAUACGGUCACUACGUGAGUCAAUUGCCAUUAUUGUGAUUUAUGGACCUACGGAGGUGGUAGACAGGAGGGAGUUAUGGGGUUCCCUAAAGACUAUUGCCAUGCAGACUGUUGAUAUCCCGUGGCUUAUUGGAGGGGAUUUCAAUGUGGUACGAGAUCUUAGUGAAAUAUGUGGAGCAUCGGGAGACAUUCGAAUGGCAAUGGAAGAGUUUAAUGACUGCAUUCAGAAUGCAGAACCACAAGCGGUAGUCGAUGAGUUUGUCAUGUACUACCAAAACCUGCUUGGUGGGGAAAGAAGGAGAGACGUGAUAGAUCUGCGGUUCCUUCGACCAUGGGUGAGACAUCUAUUGAAUGAAGAGGACGUUAGCUCUUUACUCUUGCCAUUCACACCAGCAGAUGUCAAGCAGGCAGUUUUUGACAUUGCUGAGGAUAAGGCACCGGGGCUGGACGGGUAUUCAUCGGGCUUUUUCAAAGCUGAAUGGCCUAUAGUAGGGCAGGAAGUGACGUCGGCAGUGCUGGAUUUCUUUACUACGGGACAAAUUCUGAAGCAGAUAAAUACUACACUUCUGGCGCUUAUACCCAAGGAGCUAUUUACAGGCUACAACCAGGCCCGUCUACCACCCCGAUGUGCCUUAAAAGUGGACAUUCGGAAGGCAUACGACACAGCGGAGUGGGACUUUAUGAUCGCGGUGAUGAAGUUAUUUGGGUUCCCCUCUAAUUUCGUGAAGUGGAUUGAGUUGAUUAAUCAGGAUGAAUUAUUUUCCUUCCACUGGAAAUGUGAUACAUCCAGGGUUUUUCAGUUGGGCUUUGCUGAUGACUUGUUGUUAUUCUGUCAUGCUGAUAUGGACUCUAUUAGAGUCAUUAACACAAGAUUGGAUCGAUUUGCUAUAUGGUCGGGGCUCAGGCUGAACGUGCAGAAAAGCCAUCUUACUAUCUCACGUUCAGCCCAAGGAUUGCGCAAGGAGAUGCUGACAACACUCGGGUUUCAGGAGGAUGUCUUACCGAUAAGGUAUUUGGGGCUACCUUUCUUAUCAUCUAGCUUAACAAUUGCUGAUUGUCGUCCAUUAUUGGUGAAAAUUGAUAAACGUAUUGCUGGUUGGGAGGGUAUUGCACUGUCUUAUGCUGGCAGG